AGUAAAAAAAAAGAACAAGAUAUCAGUAAUAGCAUUUACUCCAGUAAUAGCAUCUACUCUGGCAACAACAUCUACUCUAACAGUAGCAGAAGUAUUAACAUCAUUUAUAAGAAAAAAGGGAAAAAGUGAAAUGGAGGAUGUAUUAAUAAGACCAUUUGAUAAAGAAUUACAGGUAUUACCAUUAACUCAUAUAACUAAAAGAAGAAGGACUAAAAAAGGAAGGGAAGAACAGUAUUUCAAUAAAGAAGAAUAUUUGUCAACAAGAAAAAGAAAGCAAGAUCGUGUAUUAGAUUAUUUAAAAAAAAUUAACAAGGAAGUUGGAGACCUUCGAAAGGAAAUUUUAGACAUCUGA